ACUUUCAGUGGGAAUAUUGAUUUAUUUAUUUAUUUUUAUCAGUUUUUUUCUCCAUGUAUUCCUUUGUUUAAUAUGACAAUGGAGGUCGUCAUAACAACAAUCCCGUGUGUGUUUGAAGUGGUACUAGAAAUAUAGGAAUAGAAGGCAGCAAGGAGUGCAAUGAAGGGCAGAGUUCAUUUAUUUUUUGCCUAUUUUAUUACGACUUUAGGGGGAUGAAUAAAAUAUAAUGUAAUAAAGGCGAGCGCUGGGCAGGUGUAUAAUAGACAUAGGUGUAGAACAGGUUGAAUAAUUGUGAGAGAUGUGUUUGUGAAAUAGUUAGAGCCGUGGGCGCAAAGAGAGACGCUAAAGGAUAUUUGCAGGGUGUGUAUUCACCGCUGCGCUUCCCUGAAUGUCCGGUAGGUGUCGCGCUCAGCCAACACGGGAGAGAAGAAUUUUCCUUUAGUCUCAUUUUUUUUGGCAGCUGUACAUUGAGUCGGGCCUAACGAUUCUCAGCUCGUCAUUAUUUGUAACCAUAGAGCAUGGAUUACCUCUUGAGGUCAUCAGUGAGAAUUUACGACUGGUCAACAAAAGCACGUGAUUCGCAAACGCACCCACACCCCCAUAUUUGGCCGCAUACAUAGCAAAAAGCAAGUACAGGCUAUGGGGAUAAUUCAUUAAUACAUCAUAAAUCCUGAGGCUCGGGGUGAUCCACAAAUCAAAGCCUCCCCAAAAAAAAAAAGAAUAAUAAUAAAUAAAUAAAAUCGCCCAAAUGAGUUCUUACUUUGUGAACUCGUUCUCAGGGCGCUAUCCUAAUGGCCCCGAGUAUCAUGUGUUGAAUUAUGGGACUGGCAGUAGCGGCGGCGGCGGCGGCGGCAAUGUGAGCGGCUCAUACAGGGAGGCAGGAGGCAACAUGCAGCCCGGGGCUUAUGGAUCCUAUAACUACACGGGAAUGGACCUGAGUGUCAGCCGGACUGCAGCUUCCACCUAUGGGGGGGACAACUCGUUCCCAGGGCAGGAGAGCAGCAGGUUCAGGGCAAAUCAAAACUGCCCCUUGUCGACCCCCGACCCCCUUCCUUGUGCCAAAAGCCAGAAAUCUGAGCUCUCCCCCGCGGAUCCUGCCACCUCCAGCGCCCACUUCACUGAGACAGAAGAAACCAGCGCCUCCUCCGAGACUGACGAAUCCACCCCCAGAAGCGGGGCUCCCCCCCGGGCUCUACAGGACAACUGCUCCCCGGGAGCGGCCGGGACAGACGGACAGAGCCCCCAGAUCUUCCCCUGGAUGAGAAAACUGCACAUUAACCACGACAUGGCAGGUCCAGAUGGGAAGAGGGCGAGGACUGCCUACACCCGGUACCAGACGCUGGAGCUGGAGAAGGAGUUCCAUUUCAAUAGGUACCUGACCAGGAGGAGGAGGAUCGAGAUCGCCCACACCUUGUGCCUCUCCGAGCGGCAGAUUAAAAUUUGGUUCCAGAACCGGAGGAUGAAGUGGAAAAAGGACAACAAGCUGAAAAGCAUGAGCCUCGCCACGGGCAGCAGCGCCUUCCAGCCCUGAGGGCUUUGCCAGGACUUGGGCAACUAUCGGCAAGUGAAGGCCACAGGACUAGCAGCCACUUCUCAUUUCUAGUCGCCUCCCCAUGUCUAAAGUCCUCAUUGUUUUGUCGCACCAAGUUGCUGCUGCUGCUGCUGCCGGGGGAGAUCGCAUGUUUUCACAGCUCUUAAAUGUUAUUCUAACUUAUUUAUAAUAAAAGAAAUCAAUUUCGGGGUUUUUUUGUUUACAGUUUUUUUUUUUUACAUUUUUUUCGGUUGUUGUUUUCCUGUUGCCAGUGAGGCGAGUGAGUGCACUAAAAAGGCUACCCAGUUGUGUCUUUUUUUUCUAUUGUAAAGUCUGUGCCAUUGGUCAUCGGUUAAAUAGAACCCCCCCCCCCCAAAAAAAAUGAUGUCCCCACUAGACUGUACUCGGUGUUUUGUUUAUUCAAGUGACCAAUCUAAAGGAGUGAUGUGUUUAAGUAGCUGUCUGGCUGCCUGAAGAUUCCAUUCGACAUGAGUUUUUUUUGUAUGAGUAGUAAUAAUAAAAAUAUGAUGCUAUAAAA